AUGGUCUCCAAACCAGAUUUUUCCUCACCUUCAACCCCAAAACCAAUACCAACAACAACAGAACUUCACAAGCACAGCUGCCCUUCGGCAAACCAGUGCCCAAGCAGAGGACGAGUCAGCAUCAGAACAACCACCACCACAACUAUUGAACAAACACCACGAUCAACCUACUAUAAACCACAGACAUCACACACCAUGUCUUCACCAGAGGGCUCACCGGCGGGCCGGGUUGGCCAGUCCUACAUGCUUGUUCCUAACCUCCACGUUCCAGACCAAACGGUCGACGAGGUAGAGCUUGCAAGCAGCAAUGCAUGGAUGGUAGUCACCGUUAUCGAAGACGACGAUCUCAUGUUUGGCGGCAAGCCUUUGAGCGCAUGGUACGAGGAGGAUCGCAGACGACUGAGCAGUAACGAGGAGGAAGAGGAAAUUCGAGGCCGACAGCGCGACCGUGUCAGGAUGGAUGCCCAUCAUCAUCAACAUCAGCAUCAUCACCAUCAUCAACCGCAGCAUCAUCAUCACAACCAGCACCAUACCGCCCAUCAUACACAUGUCGCUCAUGGCCAUCAUACCACCAAGAAGACUAGCGACAUCAAGCAUUAA